AUGGACACAUCGAUGGCGGCAAUGGCGAUGAGUGAGAGACCUCACAUGGUAAUAGGCGUGGAUUUUGGGAUGACAUGUACUGGAGUCUCCUACGUCAAUCUUUCCAUCGGUAAUGAGACUGUCCGCUGGAUCCAGAAAUGGCCUGGCCGUUUCCAGGCAAACGAGAACAAGGUGCCAACUGUAGUCGUGUACCCUACCAGCAGUCGAGAACCAUCAUCCUGGGGCUUCCUCUCUGAGACUGCAGCGGAGACUAAUGCAGACGAUAAAGAGUACAAAGAGUGGUUCAAAACAUGUCUCGACCCCGAGAAGUUGCGCCUGAAGCAACAAGAAGACCCAGAGGGAGCACCAGAAAGCCUGCAGGAAGUGGAGAAGUGGUAUGGCGAUUACCUGCGAAAGAUGUACGAGUAUAUCUCCUUCAAACUCGGUGGGGAGCUAUCAGGUGUGCAGUGGGCAGAUGCCAGGAUCGAGUUCGUGUUCAGCGUUCCUACGACCUGGGCUCCUGUACCCACGGUUGAGAACUUCAAGAAAAUCGUAAGAGGAGCUGGAUUCGGCUCGCACCGUGGUCACAGCCUGACUAUCGGACUUACGGAAGCUGAAGCAGCAGCCGUCCACACAUCGACUGAAGCUCCUGGCAUCUUCCAUGAGAAUGAUGUUCUCUUGGUGUGCGAUGCAGGUGGUGGCACAACAGAUCUGAGCGUUCUUCGAGUGACCAACACUGUCAACCAAGCAAUCAAUCUCCAGCAGCUGGACGUUGUGUUUGGCGAGACAAUCGGUUCUGCUGCUAUCGACUACGAAUUUGAGCAACUGGUAACACAGCGUCUGACGUUGGCGCACACAACGAACCCACUUCCAAUCGACCCAGGCGAUGCCGCGUGGGAGAUGAUGAAGAGUAGAGACUUCCAGGCAAUCAAAUGCGAAUUCGGCGCGCCAGAUGAUACGCCGCUGUUCUCCAUCGCCAUACCACGUGUGCCACAGAGCUACAACAACAGCGACCCAGAUGUAAGGAUUCGCAAUGGCGAGAUGACAUUCGGACGUGAGGAUCUGCAACGACUGUUCGAUAAGCAGAUUGAAAAGUUAUUUAGGCUCAUCGACUCGCAACUGCAGUCGCUAUUCCAGAAGCAACCCAGUGCUCACGUCUCUCACCUCGUCCUGUCGGGUGGUCUUGGUAACAGUGUGUACGUGCAAUCCCAGCUACGAAAGCACUACGCUGAAACGAACAUCCCGAACGCGCAGUCGAUCUCUGUUCGUAUUGCACCUGAUCCACAACUAGCAGUCUGUAAAGGGCUCGUGAGCGACAGGGUGCGCAAGCUUCUAACCUCGCGGUCGGUUCUUGGAUGGCGUUGUUGUAGAGCCUCAUACGGAACUCUUUGCAAAAUUGCGUACGACAAAAGGAAUCCAGACCAUGAGGGCAAAGAGCUGGUCCGUGACCCAAUGAAUGGGAAGAUGUACAUUGUUCAGUCAAUUGCCUGGUUUGUGCGAAAAGGAGAGCCGGUCAGUGUCGAUCAGCCGAUCACGCAUACGUUUGUCAAGAAGAUCAGUCCCGGAGAUCCGCGAAAUGCCUUCCCGACAAGCGUGAUAGAGAGCAGUCUCGCGGCAACAGCGCUGCCAGACCAGAUGAACCAGCCCGACGAGAAGAAGUUUGUUGAGAAAAACAAGAACUUUUGGUCAAUGAAGAAGCAUUAUCUUCGCAUAGAAUACUCCGUUCGAGUCUUGAUCGGGACCAGCUGA